AUGGAGAGUUCAAUGAACAAUGCUUUCAUUACGAGCAAACAUGAAACGACGACGUUUACAGACGACCAAGCUCCGGAGGAAAGUAGCUGGACUAUGUACUUUGAGGAUUUCUUCGAGGCGUCUUCGAGCAUAGUGGACGUUGGAGAUUGCAGCUCUUCCUCCAUCUCCGACGCAGCCUCGUUCGUGGCCACCAAGAAGACCCUCAACGUGUCUAAGCAACAUGGAUCUAUUAAUUAUUCCAUGAACUUCAAGAGGACAAGAAAUAGAGAGAUUCCUUUUGGUCGUCAUCACCAUGAUCUUGAAGACACUGCUUCGUCUCCUUCUCAUAGCCCUAACGUCAAUAGCAUGAUGAACCUAUUGGAUAACAACACUAGACACGGGGGUUGUCUCGUUUGUGAUGACACAAUUAAUGAGAAAAGAGAGAGUGCAGUGGAAAACCAAGUAGACUUGAAGAAAAAAGGGCUUUGUUUAGUUCCUUUGUCUAUGGUCACCAAUUAUCUUGGUUGA